AAGCAUUGCCCAAUCACUGGGAGACAAGACAGCUAUGGGUGCAGAUAUGCGCAUGCGCUUUGUCACUGCGAAACUGGGCGUUUCAUUAGCCGGCAACGCUGAUUCUUGCUACAUUUUCUCAAACUGCGGAGGUGCAUCCACAACAACAUGUCGUGUCUCUACCUGCUGCUGCUGCUGCUGAGUGUGGGAGUCUCAGCGGUGGAAGUCACACGCCCUCGUGGUGUCCCUCUAUCAAAACGGCAGUUCUAUGAGGAGGACAAACCUUUCACUUGCCUGGAUGGCUCCCGCACUAUUCCCUUUGACAGAGUGAAUGAUGAUUACUGUGACUGCCAGGACGGCUCUGAUGAGCCAGGAACCGCUGCUUGUCCCAAUGGCAGCUUCCACUGCACCAAUGCAGGUUACCAACCAGGCUUCAUACCUUCCUCCCGCAUCAAUGAUGGAAUCUGUGACUGCUGUGACACAACCGAUGAGUACAACAGUGGGGCUACCUGUCAGAACACAUGCAGGGAACUAUUGCGCAAAGAGACAGAGAGCCUGCAGAAGUUGGCCGAGAUCGCAAAGGAGGGUUUUCUGCUGAAGCAACAACUUAUCCAGGAGGCCAAGAAGGGCCUAGAGGAUAAGAAGGUUAAACUUGCAGAAGUCCAGGUUAGCAAGAAGGAUCUAGAAGAUAGGGUGGAAGCUAUUAGAACUGAAAAGGAGACCGUAGAGCAGCCAGAGAGAGAAGCCAAAGAGCGCCAUCUCAAGGCCUGGGAAGAUGAAAAGGCUGCUAUUCACCUUAAGAAGGAGAAAACUAGAAUGGCUAAUGUGUUUCUUGAACUGGACGAUAAUGCAGAUGGCUUUGUUUCAGUGGCUGAGCUUCUGUCUCACUCUGAGCUCGACCCAGAUUCAGAUGGUUCAUUAACAGAAGCUGAAGCUCAGGGACUGUUGGGAGGUGUAGACAAAGUCGACACGGUGGCAUUUGAGUCUGUUUGGAAUAACAUCAAAGAAAAAUACAUCUCCGAGGCCAGCGCAGACAACCCAGCACCAGUGGAAACUCCGCCAGAGGAGACGAGGGACUCGGUCUCUGACAAUGACUCGGAGCAGUACCCUGAAGAUGACAUCCCAGAGGAAGAUGAGGAGGAUGAUGAAGAGGAUGAUGAAGAGGACCCAGAUGCGGGAGACUACAAGAGCCCUCCUACGACACUGACUCAAGAAAAGAAGGAUGACGAUGAUGAGGGGACUAUGCCACCCUACGACCAAGAAACGCAGAACCUCAUUGAUGCUGCUCAGAAAGCCAGGGAUGAGUUUGAUGAGGCUGAGAGAGCUCUCCGGGAAGUAGAUGAUCAGAUCAAGAACAUUGAAAAGGAAAUCUCCUUCGACUUUGGACCCAGUGCUGAGUUUGCUCACCUCUACAGCCAGUGUUAUGAGCUGUCUACAAGCGAGUACAUCUAUAGGCUCUGUCCGUUCCACAGAGUAUCUCAAAAACCCAAGUAUGGCGGAUCAGAAACUAACCUGGGAACAUGGGGGAAAUGGUCUGGUCCAGAAAAUGAUGUCUACUCUUUGAUGAAGUAUGAACACGGGACAGGGUGUUGGCAAGGCCCGAACAGAUCCACCACAGUCAAAUUAACAUGUGGGAAGGAGACCGUUGUGAUGUCUACCUCAGAGCCAAGUCGCUGUGAGUACCUGAUGGAGUUCACCACCCCUGCUGUCUGCCAGGAGCCCCCAAGCCUGGAUUUAGGCCUACAUGAGCAUUCGGAGCUCUAGAUCAUAUAGAUUUGUUUUUCCUUGAGGGACCACAAUCACUGCAGCAACAUGAUGUUGCCAAGCAAUGAGCAGCUCCACCUUGGUGUCGGUUAACAAUCAAGAAUCAAGGAUGGAAAUUCCAAUAAAUUCACACUUCCAAUUUCCAAAGCUACCUGGGUUGUGCUGUUUCUGUGAAUGUGUCAAAUGUCGUCAUUCCAUUGUUUUUCUCAAAUAAAGUUCAUUUUAUCAUAUUCCA